UGCUAUUUUAACCAAGGCUCCUGGACGUGUGAGGGAGUCGCCUGUCGUUGGCGUCAUAUCCGCCUUACGCGACGACAAAUGCGGAAGUAGUAGUUGUAGCGUCUGUCCAGCGACUAGUUUGUUUCGGUCAGUCGUUAUGGAGCACAAUUAUUCUUUACCGUUUGCAGCUGGUUCUGUCUACAAAAACAAGUCUCAUAAACGUCGACGUACGGGUCAACCAGAUGACCCAAGAAGAUUUUGGGACAAGAAGAGAAAUAAAACGAGGAUCAACAUCGGUGUGGCUUUUCUUAAAUGGAGAGAACUUCGCAACAAACUUCAGCUAGAUAGAGACGCCGAUCUUGCGUGUGUUUUAAUAGAAAGCUUUCCCGUCUGGAAACAUCACCUUGGAUCUCAGGUCUCCGAGUUAACAAAGCGGCGUCGCAUGUCUUGGGUAGCAGCAGUAAGAAAGAAAACCAUCACCUUUAACAACAUUUCCCGAAACACGCUCGUUUGUUCACGUCAUUUACAGAAAGGCAAACCCACCGAUGAAAUGCUGGACUGCGAUCCUGACUGGGUACCUUCAUCACAUCUCAGGCACACAGAAGUUAAAGCAACACACUCAGUGCAGUUUAACCGGAGUACAAGGAGACUGCAGGCUGUCACAGGGGAUCAUGCUGCACCAUUAGAUGUAGCUGGCCAGACGGAUGAAGCUUCAUCAGCAGAUGAUGCUUCACAAAUGGAUGACGCAGACUCAAAUAAAAACACUGCAGAACAGCAGGAAUGCCAUCUUUGUAGCCGCAGGCGUGCUGAAUCUAAACGUUUGCUGGAGGAGAACAGGAGACUGAAGGAAGAGCUCGCCCAAAAGAGAAUGGAUGAGGAUUCUUUUAAAGAUGAUGAUGCAAAGGUGAAGUAUUACACUGGGCUUCCAUGUCUAGCACUUCUGAUGGGUGUGCUGACACAGCUUCUUCCCUGCCUGCCACAGACUGGUCGAAAACUCUCACCUUUUCAGAUGCUCCUUUCAACACUGAUGCGCCUCAGGCUGAAUCUCCCAAUUCAGCACAUUGCAUACCUCUUCUCUGUGGAUCGAAAGACUGUGUCUACAACAUUUAGAGAUACCAUAGGUUCAAUGUUUAGUCAUCUCAAACCCUUGGUGCACUGGCCAGAGAGACAUUGCUUGCAGGCCACCAUGCCACAUCACUUUGUAGAGGCUUUUGGGAGUCAAGUAGCAGUUAUUGUGGACUGCUUUGAAAUUCGCAUUGAAAGAGCAUCAAAUCUCAAAGCUAGAGCGCAGACAUUUUCCCACUACAAACAACAGCACACCCUUAAAUAUCUCAUUGGUAUUACACCACGAGGAUCUAUCUCUUUCAUUUCCCAAGGGUGGCAAGGUGAUGUCAGUGACAAGCAUGUGACUGAGAAUAGUGGCCUUCUUAAUAAACUAUUUCCUGGGGAUUUGGUGUUGGCAGAUCGUGGAAUUGACAUCAAAGACAGUGUUGGACUUGUGUGUGCAGAAGUGAAAAUACCUGCAUCCACAAGAGGAUGCAGCCAGCUGGAAGCAAAAGAUGUGGAGGAAACACGCCGGAUAGCUCACCUCAGGGUUCAUGUGGAGAGGAUGAUUGGAUGUGUACGCACAAAGUACAGCAUACUAAAUGGAAUUGUACCAGUCAGCAUGGUACUCCCAUGUCAAGGUGAAGACAUGACCUUCCUGGACAAGAUCGUGACUGUAUGCUGUGCCUUGACUAAUAUGUGCCCCAGCGUUGCCAUGAAAUCAUAAACUAGGGCUGUCAAAAGAUUUGAUCACCAUUAAUCACAUCCAAAAUAUAAGUUUGUGUUUAUCAAUGUUUCUGUACUGUGUAUAUUUAAGCACACACACACACACACAUGUAUGUGCAUUUAUAUAUACACACAUGAAUAUAC